AUGCCCUAUUUCGCUAAGCUCCCAGCUGAGAUUCUUGUUUCUAUUAUUCAGUAUCUGGACUAUGCAUCUGAUGUGAACUCUGUCUCACAGGCAUGCCAUCGUCUCUGCCAAGUGGCAGAUCCCUGGCUCUACGGCUGCUUCGCAUUGGACUGUUCUCCUCGUGGCCUAGAACGGAUCGCAUCAAAUGGAAAUACCGAUGCCUUGCGCAGGCUCUUUGCCGCGGGGGCGGGUUUUCCUCAUGGGAAGGAAUUCACGCUGUCGCAUCAGCCACGAACUCAGUUCGUGCCUUUUGACGUUGCCAUGGCCAAUGGGAACUUGAAUAUUGCCCGCCUCCUCGUUGAGGUCUACGGUAGUUCGGUGGUGGAUAUUUCGCGGUCUUUUACCUUGAAUACACCUCUUUGUCAUGCAAUCAAGGGUGGCCAUUGUGAUAUUAUUCAAUAUCUUCUUGAGGUUGCCGCCCCUCCAAAUAGAUUCGGGUAUAUUUGGCCCUCGAAUUUGGGUCUCAUCCCUCAUAUAGCUCGGAACUGCCCGAUUUCUUUCUUGAAAUCCAUUGUUGAAGGACAAGAAUGCGAUAUCAAUGCGCCAGGCGCAUUGGGAAAUUCCUUACUUUGGUUCGCAGUCGAACACUUGUCACCAGACGCGGUUGAGGUAUUGCUUGACGCAGGCGCUGAUCCCAUGGUAGAACAUCAAUGUCCAGAAUAUUACCCUUACCGAGCCUCGAUGUCUAACCGUUUGACUCCCUUAUAUCAUGCCGUUCUUCACAAUAAAGAGGAUAUGGUUCGUCGUCUGCUCAAAAGAGGAACACAAGAGUAUCUCAAAACUGGCCUCAAACCCGAGUUUCUGAGCCGAAUGUUGGAGAAAAACGGCCCCUCCGUACCUUGCCUCAUACUUGAGGAUAUUCCCGAGCCAUGUAAAUUGUGCGAUAGCGAAACCGAUCUACUAUACGUGCUAAAUCUCGCUGCUGCUAGUGGUGACGUGCAGCUCGUUCGCCAGAUUCUCGAUAUGUGUCCCACAGAGGAAAGGCAUGGCAUUGAUGAUGCCCUAGCAUUUGCUGCCCAGUAUGGACACAUUGAUAUCGUUAAAAUUCUUCUACCGCCUGAGUUUCCCAAGAAUGGUCAAAUCCCGAAAGCAUACCCAAUCGCUAAUUCCAAGGCCUGCAAAGGCAAACAAUCACAUGUCAUUGAUCUGCUAUUGGAACAUGUCGGUCCCGAGCUAUGGACUCAGUCCAAAGAAUUGACCCGUACCAGCCUUGUUGAGUCUGGAGAAGAUGCACGAUUCACGCGAUAUCUUCUAGAAAAGAAUGCCUUUGCAUUAUCUGGACCUUUAGACCGUCGGCUCUUGUGCGAGAGAGCUAUGGAACAUGAGAAUUUUGCUCUGCUCGAAUACUACUUGAAUGAACUCGAUAUCCCUUCCUCCAGACACAAGACAAAAGGAAUCGGCGGCUCGUGCAGAUUUGAGACGAUAUUCCGAGAGGCAGUAAUUACAGGCAGCGUUCAUAUCUUCAAAUUUCUGCUAGAUAGGGAGCCCGGUUUGGACCCGAAUAAUCCAAGUUGGGGGAAUAUUCUUAUCGAGGCUACCACCUACAACCACCUCGAUAUUGUGAGCCUCUUUCUGGAUAAUGGCUUCGAUGUCAACACGCGUUACCGAAUAUCUGGCGCGCCGGAGGAUUCUGGGUGGAGGUCGGAUUCGGAAUCAGACGCAGAUCCAGACAGAGAGUCGGACCCAGAUCCACUUGGAAACGCAGAAAUAGCCACAGAUGUGGUAGAUAUUUCGCCAGAACUUCCGUCCAUAUGGUACGCCACCAUUCUAGAAGCGGCAAUUUUCUUUGUCCUUUGGCCAGCCUGCGUUUUUGAUGCUAUUCAAUUAGACGAUUCACCGAAGAUAGAGAUGGUCCGGUUAAUUCUCAGACCGGGGGUCUGA